UGCGCGAGGACCGCACGGGGCCCAGUCUGGACAGCUAACCCAAAACACUUUGGAUUAAAUUGUAGUUUUUAAAAUCUUAUCAUUAUUGAAGGAUUUUCACUACUUCCGCUUUCAUUCUGAAGGCGGGGGUGUGUUCCUGCAGCUGCUCGCGCACCACCCUCUGUUGUUGUUGUUGUUAUUAUUAUUAUUAUUUUUUAAUUAUUAGGCUACCAACAGUCGCGCGUUGUGGCUCGUGCUGCUUUUCACCCCCUGUGAUUUCGGUGCCGCCGCCCGACAGUUGGCUCGCAGCGCGCAUGCAGCAGAAUGGCUCGAGCGGUUCCAACGGUUCUGGCGACUGCGGCGGCGGCGGGAGCGCGAGGGACCACCGCCAACCGCUGUCCUUCAGCCCGCUGCCCGCCGCCACGACGCGGGUGAGGCGGUUCAUUCAGGAGCGACGGACGCUGCCUCUGCCCAGAGUGAUGGUGGUGUUCUCGGCCGCGGGUGACACCGAGAAACCGGGCGAUGCCGUGUCCGGCUCGGACCCCGCUGCGGAGGACGAGCUCCGAAAGCCGGCCUCCCCGGCGCCGUGCUUCGCCCUCGGCAAGCCGCUCCGCUCCUCGCUCAACACCCCGGAGCUGGAGUUUCCGGAGGUCAUCUCUCUGAACGUCGGGGGCACGUACUUUACCACUCGCCUGUCCACGCUGCGGCGAUACGACGACACCAUGCUGGCCGCCAUGUUCAGCGGGCGCCACUGCAUCCCUCGGGACUCCGAGGGGCGCUACUUCAUCGAUCGGGAUGGGACGUAUUUCGGGGACAUCCUGAACUUCCUCCGAGAAGGAGAGCUUCCUCACAGGGACCGGGUGCGGGCGGUGCACCGAGAGGCUCAGUACUACGCGCUCGGCCCGCUGCUGGACAGCCUGGAGGACACUCAGCCGCUCACAGGGGAGAAGGUUCGGCAAGCUUUCCUCGAUCUGAUGCCCUACUACAGAGACAAUCUGGAGCGUAUUGUGGAGAUUGCCAAACUGAGGGCGAUUCAGAAGAAGGCCCGGUUUGCCAAGUUGAAGAUCUGCGUCUACAAGGAGGAGAUGCCCAUCACGCCGUACGAGCGCCCUCUCUUUAACUCUCUGCGUUUUGAGCGCUCGGACAGCGAGGCCAAGCUCUUCGAGCAUCACUGCGAGGUGGACGUUUCUUUCGGACCCUGGGAGGCGGUGGCGGACGUUUACGACCUGCUGCACUGCAUCGUCAGCGACCUGGCCGAGCUCGGCAUCACCGCCGAGCAGCAGUGCAUCGGCGUCUGCGACAAGCACCUCAUCAACCACUACUACUGCAAGAGGCCCAUCUACGAGUUCAAGAUCACGUGGUGGUGAUGCGGGAGGGAGACAGGAGCGAAAAAAGAUGGAUGUUCCAUUUUUACCAUGACUCGGCCGAUAUUGGUUUUUGUAUUGAAGGCGCCAAUAUUUUGUGCUGACAUCUUAAAAUGUGACCUUUAAAUCACGUUUCAACAUGUAAGUAUUCUGUUUCCCCAAAAUAAUUUAUAUUUUUUUUCGUAUCAAAGACAUUACGCUCACUCACCAGUUUUUUAGGUACACCCAGCUAAAAUGAAUGCGGUCUAAUACAACAGUCCUGCAAUGAAUUAGAGCUGCAAAUAUAAGUCGAUUAGUUGUCAACUGUUCAAUCACUCAGCAAGGAUUUUGGUAAUUGGUUUGAGUCCGGUUUGUUUUUUUAAACCAGCUUCUUAAAUGUGAAUAUUUUACACUUUGACACUUAACAGAAAAUCUUUAAGUUGUGGACAAAAAAGACAUUUGAGGUCGUCAUCUUGGGCUUUGGGAAACACUGAAUCCAUGUUUCACCAUUUUCUGACACUUUAUAGACAAAAUCUAAUCGAUUAAUCGAGAAAACAAUAGACAGAUUAAUCGACUUUGAAAAUAAUCCUUGGUUGCAAACCUACAAUAAAUCCUAAAUCCAAAACAGUUUAGCUAAAAAAUGAACAUUAUAACCUUCAAGAAGGAGGAUUUAUUCCCGGACUGUUGGGUUAGCGACAUUAGCUUUAGCUAAGUGAGCCUAAUGAACUGGUAAAUGAGUGUAAAUACCAAAGCACUACUACUACUUUAAAGAGUAAAAAUCCCGUUUUUGCUGACCUCCAGUGGUUAAACUGCUCACCUUGAUGCAGUGAUGCACAGGUGUACUUCAGGACCUAGUGACAUCACUGUCGGGCGGGGUCACAAAGCCGACUUCAGACCACACUCAGCAGUUAUGAAACGGGUAAAACAGGCUUUAGCCCUGAAUUCCACCAACUGCGGAACGGCUGCUGAACAGGUUUCCAUUGAAGUCAAUGUGUGCAUUUUCAUUGACUGCGGCUGGAACCGCUGCGUCCCAACCCUGUCCCGACUCUGUCCCGACCCUGUCCCGACCCUGUCCCGACCCUGUCCCGACUCUGUCCCGACUCUGUCCCGACUCUGUCCCGACCCUGUCCCGACCCUGUCCCAGCUCCGGCAAUCCCCUGCCCUCCGGAGCAGAUACCCAGAGUUUCUAUUUUUCCGGAUGCCGGAGAACUCUGCAGCAAUUCAGCACACAGCAGAUAGCCGGAGAAGCAGGAAGUUGAGCACAGAAACAAAAUAAGACAUCUAGUUGGUUUUCAAAAUAAAAUACACGGCUCACGGCGGAUCAUAUUUCCCCGCACUACACCUUGAAAAUUUCAUAAUGGGUGGAGACAGGCCUGAAGUCACAAGGUCAGAGGUUUUGUGGUUCUGUUUAUAGAAACUAGAUCCUGUUAAAUCGCGCGAUCAUACGUGAAUUUGCAAGAUCUCGUGGGUCCUUGUGACUUCAGCUGUCAAUCAUCAUGGUGGUUAUUGAGCAGCGGAGCCGAUCCGCAGCUCGGAAAUCAGGGGUAAGACUUUCUACCAGAGAGGGAAAACGCUGCUGUUCAGUCUGCCGCCAAGUUACUUAAAAAAGGUCUAGCCUUGAAGGAAAAGUUCACCCAAAAACAAUAUGAAUUAUAUAUGUCACUCACCUCUCUAGACUCUCCAUGGACCCA